UGCUAGUGCUGCAUACGGCUACGAAUUGCCAAAGGCAUACCAUCCACUGCGUGUUUUGCACUAGGACACGGCACAAACAGUUAGUUGAAGCAAAAACUACAGCGAGAGCCCACGCCGAGAUGGCGGAGCAGUCCCCAGCAGCAGCAGCAUGGUCGUCCGGCGGCAGCUCAUCGGUGCGGCCUCGCGCCGCCGCAUACACCAUCGGCUACGCGAUGCUGCCCAACAAGCACGACACUUUCAUCCAGCCGUCGUUCAUCGACCUGGCAGCGGAGCACGGCAUCCGGCUCGUGGCCGUGGACGCGUCCAGGCCACUCCUGGAGCAGGGCCCCUUCGACCUCGUCGUCCACAAGCUCUACGGCCAGCCGUGGCGCGCGCAGCUGGAGGCGUUCUCGGCGCUCCACCCUGACGUCCCCAUCAUCGACCCGCCCGCCGCCAUCGAGCGCAUCCUCGACCGCUUCACCAUGCUCGACGUCGUGUCCGGGCUCGACUCCGUGGCCGUCCCCAGGCAGGUCAUCGUCCACGACGCCGGGGCCCUGCUGCAGCUCGCCGCCGACGACGGCGACGACGCCGACCUCGGCGACCUCCGGUUCCCGCUCAUCGCCAAGCCCGUGGAGGUGGACGGCAGCGCCGCGUCGCACAACCUCUGCCUCGUCUACCGCCGCGAGGGCCUGCGCGGCCUCCGCGCGCCGCUCGUGCUGCAGGAGUUCGUCAACCACGGCGGCGUGCUCUUCAAGGUGUACGUGGUGGGCGACCACGCCACGUGCGUGACGCGGAGCAGCCUGCCUGACGUGCCACAGGACCGCCUCCAGGACCUCGCCGCCGACGCCGCGGUCCCCUUCGCCAACAUCUCCCUCCUCGCGCCCACUACUGCGGUCGGUGACGAGAGCGCCAAGGUGCCACCACCACAGGAGUUCGUCGACAAGGUCGCCCGCGAGCUCCGGCGGGCAGUGGGCUUGCACCUCAUCAACUUCGACCUCAUCCGGACGAGGGACAGUCAAGGCGACGCCAAGUACCUCGUCCUCGACAUCAACUACUGCCCCGGCUACUCCAAAAUGCCCGGUUUUGAGCCGGUCCUCACUGAAUUCUUCUUGGAGAUGCUUCGCAGUAGACCUGUUCUUGAGCGGCCUGCCCCGGGCAAUGGCUCUGCUGCCUCUGCUGGCCUAGGCGUUGAUGAGGCACGCAAGGCAGAGGCCGAGCCCACCAGCGUCAUUCCGGAGCCGAGGCAGGUUCAGGCCUAAAACCGCUAGGUUUCGGUCCAAUUUGAUCCGGUACUGUGGGUGCUGAACCUCUUGCAAGUUCAAUUUGGGGUCCUUUACCAUACCAAGUUUGGAGCACCAAGACCACACCAGUGAAGUGUGGAGUUUGCUUUAAUUUGUAACCUUUCGUCAUUGCAAUUGCAAAGGAAAAAUAAACAACAUUUGCUACCA